GAUUUAGAAUGCUGGGACAGGUUUGGAGCUCCCUUGUUGGAUUUAAUCUGCGACGACCUCGUGCUUCCUUUGUGCACACAAGAAAACGACAUUUAAAGCAAAUAAUUUUGAUAGGUCCAGAUCCGCGCAAUUCGGUGUUUGGCACUUCAAAUGUGUACGCCCACAAAUCUGCUUAUUAACGAUGUUUUCUGAACUUUACCGUAAACGCUACUCGUGCGUGAAUGUACAUUGAAAAACAAAGGGUCUGAACAGGCGGGGCUGACAUUCCGUAGUUUUCCAACACAAGCUAUUCUUUACCUAACGUUGCCCGUUCAUAUAAAACUUUCAUCCUGCGUGAUUUGGUCUUAAAGAGAAGAGAGGGUGAGCAUUGGCAUUUUCUGACAAAACCAUGGAUGAAAGAAACUAUUUAGGGGAUCUAGGAGACUCGGAUUCCAAUAUACCAGAGGAGGGACCAACAGCGCCCCCUCCUGGCUGGCUAGAGGAUGUGACGGGAUAUGAUCAGAAUCACGGAGACGAGGAUGGCACCGAUAAGCUGUACCCUCCUCCCCCUGACUACGCGCCUGUAUCUGAGAAUGACAGGAACUUACAAGUUCCUACUGUCAGUGUUCCCGUGGUGUCGGAGGACGUUGCUCGGGAAGCGCUGAUGGAGUUCGUGGAGAGGAAGUGGACCUACAGGAGCAAGCCAGCCCGCGACAUGACCUUUACGGACCUGAAGCCCUUCACCGUGUACCGCUACCGUUUGGAAACAUACACGGAGUCCCGAUCAAGCACCUGGGAGUUCGAGCCUUACACUAACCAGUUUGUGGACGGGCCGCAGUACGGGGCAAGCCCCCUUCCCUGGGACGUCCCAGUGGAGGUCCCGCCCAUGUACACGAACGUGUGCUUGAAGGUGCGCGUCCCGCAUUCUUCUGUUGUCAAGGUGUGUCACCAGUGCCACGGCAGAGGCAAGGUCAAGUGCAAUCACUGCAGAGGCAAAGGAGAGACGAGGUGCAUGUCUUGCCAUGGCACCGGCCGGAAAAGUAAAAAGAGGUGCUCUUUUUGCCGUGGUUCGGGGAGACGAAGAUGUAGUUAUUGCUCUGGAAAAGGUCAUAAAACGUGCAAAUCCUGCCUUGGGCACCGAAACCUGCUGCACUUCAUCCAGCUGACGGUCAAAUGGAAGAACCACGUGUUUGAGUUUGUCCCGGAUCGCUUCCCAGAAUUCCCCAUAAAGAAGUUCGAUAAGGUGUCAGGGGACGCAUUUUUUGUGGAGGAAAGCAUUGUGGUGUAUCCAGUCAUGGGCUUCCCUGACCUGGAUAUCUGUAACAUGUCGCAGAAAAUGAUUGAGGAGCAUCUGGGCAAGUUCUCCACUGUCAGCAGAAUCCUUCAUCAGUGCCAGAGCAUUGAACUGGUCCCUCUCACGCGUGUCUUCUACACCUACAAAGGAAAGGACUUCAACUAUUUUGUCUACGGAAUAGAAAACAAGGUUUACACUCCAAAAUAUCCAUCGAGUUGCUCUAUUUUGUAAUCAUUUGGGAUGAUUCCUUGAGUACAUUACUAAAUUCAAUAUCAAUUUCUAUUCUUUUUCUUUCUUAUAUGUAUAGCACAUACUGUAACAACUGUACAUUUAUUUGUUUUCAGAUGUAAUUAUUUUUACA